AUGGUAGCGGAAUUACGUCAAAAACUACCCCAGGAGGGUACCAGUACCCCUGGAGAAUCCCUCGCUGAGCAUCCACGACCAUGCUAUUCCACUCCUGAGCGUGGGUGCUCAGGCUGCCCCGCGUAUUCUGGGGGGGGCAAAAUUCCGCUCAACACAAUAACUGCUCGGGGCAAACUGAGCAACAAGACCAAGGCGACCCCUGCCACGCUAUCCGUGAAUUUCUGCAACAUCAGGGGACUUCACUCGAACCUAAACGCCGUCCACUACCAUCUUGAGACGGCGAAGCCGGCCUUGCUCUUUCUGACCGAGACGCAGGUGUCCUCUCCGGCUGAUACUUCGUAUCUCUCCUACCCGGGGUACAAAUUGGAGCACUCCUUUGUGCCUCGGGCUGGAGUUUGCGUGUAUGUCAGAGAGGACAUCUGUUCUCGACGCCUCGGCAGUCUUGAAGGUUCGGACCUGUCCAUCCUUUGGCUACGCGUAGACAGCGACGACCAUCCGCGCGUCUACGUGUGCCUCUAUAGGUCCCAUAGCGGUAAUGCCGAAACAGACCGACUCAUCGACCACGUCCAAAUGGCUACAGAUUCCUUGCUACAACAGGUCCCAUCCGCAGAGAUCGUGAUCCUUGGCGAUUUUAACGCCCACCACGCCGAAUGGCUCGGUUCACGUUUAACCGAUCAUGCGGGGAGAUCUGUUUAUGACUUUGCCUUGGCAUAUGGUCUGACACAACUGGUUACAUCGCCUACGCGGAUUCCAGAUGUUGAAGAUCAUACACCUUCCCUGUUGGACCUUCUGCUGACCUCUCAUCCGGACGGAUAUCAGGUUUCCGUCGAUGCCCCUCUUGGCUCUUCGGACCAUUGUCUGAUCCGGAGUGUGGUGCCACUCACGCUCCCUUCGCGGUUGCGUUCUGCAGGUUGCCGCCGUGUUUGGCAUUACAGGUCGGCGGAUUGGGACGGAAUGCGGUCUUUCUUUGCUUCCUACCCAUGGGGGCGGGUUUGCUUCUCGCCGGAUGAUCCCAGCGCUGUUGCUGACUCUGUCACUGAUGUAGUGCUACAGGGAAUGGAACUAUUUAUUCCAUCAUCUGUGGUACCCAUCGGAGGCAGAUCUCAGCCUUGGUUUGGUCGCUCCUGUAAGACUGCAUUACGCAGUAAGCAGGAGUGUUAUCAAGCCUGGGCUGCGGCUUCGGUGACUCGGGAUGUAAACACCAGCACACUCAAAAAGAAGUAUAACUUCGCCUCCAGGUCCUUCAAAAGAGUUAUUGCCAAGGCAAAGUCAGAGCACAUAGGCAGAAUUGGCGAGAAACUAGUUCGCCUUCCUUCGGGAACCCGUGCAUUCUGGUCUCUCGCCAAGGCUGUCCAAGGGAAUUUCUGUAAGCCAUCACUACCAUCUCUGCACAGGGAGGACGACUCACUGGCCCACGACGCAAAAGAGAAGGCCGACCUUUUAGGCUCCCUUUUUGCGUCCAACUCGACUGUUGAUGACGGGGGGAACACACCGCCGACCAUCCCGCGGUGUGAGUGCUCCAUGCCGGAUGUGCGAUUCUCACAGCGCUCGGUUCGCAGAGCACUCCGCUCCCUUGACAUCCACAAGUCGAGUGGGCCUGACGGAAUCCCCCCAAUUGUGCUGAGGACGUGUGCUCCGGAAUUGGCACCGGUUCUAACGCGUCUUUUCCGGUACUCCUACUCCCUAGGCGUAGUCCCGAAAUCAUGGAAGACAGCUUUUGUCCACCCGAUCCCUAAAAAAGGCGACCGCUCAGAUCCGUCCAACUACAGGCCUAUCGCCAUCACCCCCUUGUUCUCCAAAAUAAUGGAAUCCGUUGUAAACUGCCACCUCAUGCGGUACCUUGAGGAUCACCAGCUGAUUAGUGACCGCCAGUACGGUUUUCGUCGGGGUCGAUCAGCUGGUGAUCUUCUGGUCUACUUAACUCAUAGAUGGGCGUUGGCAGUAGAGUCCAAGGGGGAGGCAUUGGCCGUUAGUUUGGACAUUGCGAAGGCCUUCGAUCGGGUUUGGCACAAAGCGCUUCUUUCGAAGCUCCCUUCCUAUGGGCUUCCCGAGAAAUUAUGCAAUUGGAUCACCAGCUUUCUUGCAGAUCGGAGCAUCAAGGUCGUUGUAGACGGUGCAUGCUCCGACUACAAGCCUAUUAACGCUGGUGUUCCACAAGGCUGCGUGCUAUCACCAACGCUGUUUCUUCUGCAUAUCAAUGAUAUGUUGCAAGCUGGUAGCAUUCAUUGCUAUGCAGAUGACAGCACUGGUGAUGCUCUAUACACCGGCCGUGCCAAUAUUUCUCGGGAAAACGUCACCGAGUACCGGAACAAACUUGUGUCUGAAGUCGAGUCUUUGCUGGACAAAGUCUCGGAUUGGGGGCGACUAAAUCUAGUCCAGUUUAAUCCUCAGAAGACACAAGUUUGCGCGUUUACCGCUAAAAAGAACCCCUUUGUCGUAUCUCCUCAGUUUCAAGGUACUCCCCUUGUUGCCUCAGCCAGUAUCGGAAUCCUUGGCGUCGACAUAUCGAGUAGCGUGCAGUUUUGUGGUCACUUGGAAGAGAAGGCCAAAUUGGCCUCUAAAAAGCUUGGCGUGCUCAGCAGAGCGGGACAGUAUUUCAUGCCGGCUCAACGCCUGCAACUUUACAAGGCGCAGGUUCGGCCUCACAUGGAAUACUGUUCCCAUCUCUGGGCUGGGGCUCCCCAGUGCCAGCUUCUUCCACUUGACCGCAUCCAGCGCAGAGCGGCUCGAAUCGUCGACGACCGAGUCCUUUCCGAUCGGCUCGACUCAUUGGCACUGAGAAGAGAUGUUGCAUCUCUUAGCAUUUUCUUUCGCAUUUACCAUGGGGAGUGCUCUGAGGAAUUGUUCGGAUUAAUCCCAGCCGCCAAAUUUCACGAACGCACAUCGCGGCAGAACUCCCGAUACCAUCCACACCAUCUGGAUGAUUGGCGGUCCACCACUGUGCGAUUUAGAAGAUGUUUUCUUCCUCGCACAACUUCCUUGUGGAAUAGUUUACCACCAGCGAUUUUUCCGGACCGAUACGACUUAGGGACCUUCAAGAAAAGAGCCUACUCCUUUUUAAAAGGCCGGCAACGCAUCUGCAAUUCCCCUGGUGUUGCGGUUGUUCAUGGGCGGCGGUAG